AUGGCGCAGAACAACAAUCAGGAUGCUCAAUUGGUGGCCGCCUGCCAACUCGGACGUUCGUUUGUCGGGCCGAUGAAUGUUGCGAUAUCGAAGCUCAAUACCGGUGGUCUGAGUGCUGCUCAAGUACAGGAUGUGGAUGCUGACGACGGAGACGAUAUUUUGGUCCGAGGAGUCGGAGACAAUCCCGUCCGAGAACUAAUCUUAGCUAAAGGAAUAGUUCCGACCUACCCUCUGGAAUACUUCGCUGCCAACAAUUGGUCAAAGCCCAUCAUCACUCUCCCGGCGAUCCGAGAGAAUGCAACAAUUGUUGAUUAUCACAAUCAUAUCAAAGGCACAAUAAAAAGAGAGCCUCCGUCUGUAGGAUCAGUCCUGGCGUUCUUGGAACUUCUGUGCUCGACUAUUGCCGACACACUGAGAUUUAAUUGGGUAAGCUUGGGUGUCCCCAUUGGAUCCGCGAAUCAACUCAUAACUCCCCUCGAUAUCUUGACGAUUACACGCACAUCGACCGCACCGCAGUUAGGACAACCUUCCGGAAACGUUAACAUGGAUGAGCACACGGAUUUGGCAAUGCUGAUUCUUGGAGGAUUUCGUGUCCAUCAUGCCACUAAUCCAACGUAUAUUGACAAGUUGCGUGAUGCAUUGAAGAGUCAGCUAACAACACCGGUGCUUCGGGACGCCAUUGAAGUGGCAAUCGUCAACCUGGCUGCGGUUUACAUCGACUUAGAAUUCGUUAAGCUCCUAUGCGCGGUAGAUAUGUUUUUUGCGAUGUUCCCUAAACAUAAGUUGACGAAAUUGCGAUUUGGGACACUCAUAUUAUCAUAUAAGGACUGCACAGGAGUUGCGGCAAUUGGACAUGGGUGUGAACUCAUGAGCCAUAACACGAGAAUAUUUACGAGAUGGCUGAUGACUUCGACUCUUCGUCAGGAUUUUAAUCGGAUGAAUGUUCCCGGCCAAGAAAUCACGCUUCCCUACUCAUAUGGUCCUUACCUAUCCGGACUAGGUCUCGUUGAUAAAAGCCCGUAUUCGGCUGCUUUAAAUUGUGGACUACAUAUGUUCUCUCACCUGAUUGGAUGUGCGUUGUUGUCUACCCGUUCAAUCAAUGCCAUUUUUUUCCAACCAAGCGGACUAAGUUCAAUAAUCGACAAUGCUAUUAUCUUUAUAUACGCACACUCGUGCACUAGUUCACUGCAACUCCAGUUCUUUAAGAAAAGCGAGGUAGGAGUGGUCAAGGGAAUAGAAACUGAGGCCAGACGGCAGAUUGAGUCGCUAAGGAAACAGCUGAGAGCUAUUGACGAGGAUGAAGUGGCGCCUGGCGCUGGAGUGGCCGGAGGCGUGAACCCAUCGGGGGAACAGAUUCCUGAGGAUGCUGGUGCGAGUGGAGCAGGUGAUCUCGAUGAUGUCGAUGAUGCGGGAGUUUUGGAUGAAUUUUAUCAUGAGGAACCUAUGAGUCGUGACACCCUGGAUUGGUUUGCCUAUCUCGCAACGAUUCGAGAUCGAGGAGAAGUUUUUCCGGGUCAGUCAACCCGCAGAAUACUGCCCAUCCAGAUUCGCUACCUUCGGGAGGACCAAUCCAGACCACAGGACGUUCCAACCGGUGAAACGCCUCUGGCGUACACGAAAGCUUCAUCACCACCAUUGUGUCCAACCUCAAGUCUGCUCGAGGCCAGCCAACCAACGCGUAGAUCUUCUUCAAAGCUCAGCCAGGCUACGCAACCAUCGUACUCCACUGUUCCGGGCAUCCAAACCUGUCACAACCCCGAAGCGCCACGAAAGCCAAGCCCUCGGUUGCAUGUCAGUUCGUCGUCUAUCGUGUUGUCCGCUUCCGCUGCGAUAUGUUUCGUGUGA